CUCUCACGCAGCCAGCGCCCCCUCCACGACGAGCGACGAGGCAGGCGCGAAAUUGCACCCAUUGAUCCGGGGUGGUGGACGAGCUUGCCCCCACUCUCACGCUCGUCGUCGAAGGCGCGAGGGCAAAGAGGCAACGUAGUGGCGGAGCGGGCCGCGGGCCGUAGGGCGGGAGGUGCGCGAGGGGCGCGGAUGUAAAGUGAGCGCCCUCAUCGCGAGGGACCGUGAUCCGUCACUGCCCGUUCCCAGGCUCUCGAAGAGACAUGGGCGAUGAGCUUCUCCGUCUUGUCUUCUUACCACCACCUACUCGCCACUCCCCCGCGCUCCGUGCCUCCCCGAUCAUCAUCAUGUCGUCGUCCAACACGACGGCCCUCACCGCCACAACUGACCCCAAUGACCCAACGAACACCCCGCUCCUCCUCGCCGACUGCUACGCAAUGGACCGCACCUGGUGGCACGACCACACGAUCAUGACGCUCCUCCUCGUCGAGUCGAUCAACCUCUGGCCGCCCCUCUUUCGAAUGAUCUGUCGAGCGCACCAGAGACGCCCUCAUCCUCGACCCAACAUGAGCGAGUCGCUCUUCUUCUGGAUCUACUUCAUGACAUUCAUGGGGUGCAUCACCAAGUUCCUCAAUUGGUAUCGCGCUUACCCUACGCAGCCCUUCUGUCACGUCACGGCGUGGAUGGAGGCGGCCGGCAUCCACCUUGGCGCGGGUGUGGUACCCCUCGCCAUGGCCCAGCGAGCCAUCGCCGUUUGGUCACAAGGCGGGGUGCGUCGCUGGCCCUUUUGGCUCUUUACGACACUCGGCUUGGCCCACUUUGGCUUCACCUUCGUCGAGCUCUACUUCUACGGCAAACCAAAUGCGGUCGAGGCUGGUUCUUGUGCUACACCGCAGGCUCUCGUGGAUGAGGUGGCCGACUUCAAGCCGUGGCAAUACAUUCACUUUUACUACCUGCUUUGGUCCAUUAGCGUCGAUGCGAGCAUUACGGCUGCGACCAUCUACAAGCUCAUCACGAACAAGGGGCCUUACGGUUGGUUGGGCUUCUCGCGCUUGUUGCUGGACAACUCCAUUCAUUACUUCACCGUAGUCACCGCAGUCAAUGUGACGCAAUUUGCGUCCUUUUACCCACUCUACCCUCGCACAGGGUUCCCCUCCAAGUGGAACUUCGGCGACUCGACGGAGCUGGCCUUCUCCAUUGCCUGUCUCUUCGGUAUGCGUCUCCUUGCCAAGGAGCAGGACUACGCGCACGGCCAUCGACCUCCUGGCAGCGAGUUGGCCAACUGCAAUCUCAACUACGCUACCGACUCGCCGCAGCGCGAUGCCAGCCACGGCGGCAGCGGCGGCAGCGGCGGCUGCGGUGGAGCAGGUAGUCGCGGCCUGGCAGGGAAGUUCAGCGCGACAGUGUCUCGCUUCACGCGCGCUGGUACGCUCAAAGAAACGCCUCACAGCCAGCAGCAAGAAGCUCAUGAGCAAGGACCUCGAAACCCGGGCAGCGUCGAACGCGACGGCGGCAGCGCGCUGGCGGCUGCUACGACAGGGGGCCGCCGCGACCGCGCUCGCUCCCGAUCCUCUGGUGCUUCGUAUCGACCUUCAUCUGCUCCUGGAUCGUCCAAGGGAGCUAACGCAAAUCUCUCUCGCGAGAACAGCUCGACUUCCGUGCCUAUGCUGCCGUUCAUAAGCUACUUGGAUUCGCCUCGCGCGCCUCACAUGCAAGGUGGCUCUAGCAUCCACCGCGGGGGAAGCAAUCAGUCGAAGGAAGAGGGCGAGGAAGAGCAACGUGGUCGACCUAGGACCACAUCGACGAAGCAGUCCUCUAGUGGGAUGUCAAAGGGAGAGUGAGGGGAAGCUGAAGGAGAGCACGCGUCGACUGACGUCGAGCCUACGCUGCGUGGCAGGCCUGCCUUCAGGGCCAACUAUCUCUGAGUGUGGGGUUCGAGAGCUCCAGGGCAUGCUUGCUUGCGGUCCUGUACGCGUCUGUGAUGUCUGAAUGUUGUGCCUUUUGCGUCUCUCUGUCUCUCUAUCGAAAUCGAUUGUUAC